CUAGAUUCCCCACCUCUAAAAAAAAAGGGUGUAGGGUGAUGGGGGUGGGUGAGUGUUGGGGUUUUACCUGCUGUAUGAACUAGACCUAUUUACCACUCCCACCCCAGAGAGGACAGCUAGUUCUGCUCUCUUGGCUCUGUGACAUUGUUGGGAUUCUGACUCAUGAUCUUUGGGUUAUAAGGGAACCACUUUUCUGCUUACACCACUAUGGAGCCCGAAGUCAGCUUUCUGUAUCAGUACUGGAACUGAGACAAUACCGGACGGUAGAUGAGGUCACAGCUGAGGUAUAGUAAUUCCAGCUCUACCUGAUCAUGCAGCCAACAAAGUUACGGCGAAAAGGGUCCAUUUGCAAAGCACAAAAGCAUUGGACUGAGCUGAAGACUUUUGAGUCAGAGAGAGAGUUCUACCUCGAGCAGACAUUGGAUGAUACUCGCUUUCUACAGGACACACACCUCUGCCCACAGAUGGGAGUCAGUGACGACACGCCUGACAUUUCAGAAGGCGGUAGCAAGUCUGUCCCAGAAUCCACAGGGGGUCUCAUCACUUCUCUGCAGCCUCUAAGAAUCCAUGGCAGCCUGUCUGAACCACCUCGAACCCCCACACUGCGGGAGUGUGAGGUCAUUAUACGGCAGCUGUAUAAUGCCAACAGUCUCCAGUCUCAGGAACUUGUACGCAUCAAGGCAGUCCUCAGGGACAUUGUGUUCAACCGGAAAAUCACCCCAGAGAACUACAUUAUAGCCAAAGCCUAUCUCGCUGAUGAGAAAAGAACUGAGGAGCCAGAGAGGUUUCCAAAACUUCCUUUUCAAUCCCUGCCUAAAGGACUGGCAGUGUGUCAGGCCAACAUGGCAGAGAGAGUGAUCCUUCCCUCUCUCAAACAGAGCCUCAGCAGGAGAACUCGAGCUGUUCAAAGGAGCUGCUUAUGGAGGAAAAUACCAUAAAUACUAAAAUACUAUAGGCAGGAUUCUUUUUUGGCCAUUUGUAGUCUAAAGCAUAUCUAUACAAGGCAUCAUCUCAUAGUAAAAUUGUUAGAAUUAGAAGCAGUGUUUCAGAUCUUUUUACACGAAGCUCAUCAUUAAAAGACAUUCAAUUUUUAUGAUAAAUACAUUUAAAAAAAUCUUCCAAGACUUUCUUUUUACCCACAAUAAUUCAGGCUGCACACAUUACCAGUGAAACUUUAGAUUAUUUCGGGGAUGAAAAUACAAGAGUAUUAAAAUAUUCUUUGUAAAACUUAUCCAUCAUACUGUACAGUAUCUGUUUUAACAAUGCAAGUAUAGCAAUUAUUUAUUUUAAAAGAACAUAUUUGUCCAUUUUCUCUGCAAGAAGCAUUAACUAAUUUCAGAUCCUUUUUGUUUGUCAUUAUUUAUGCCAAUUUACCAUAAACAAAUGGAUUACUGUUCUUUCAGAUGGGUACCCAAAAAAUAUCCUUUGGUUUGCAUGCAUGUCCUCACACAGGCCUGUGAUAAAUAGAUUUAAUGGAUUUGAUAAAAGAGAAAUGCUCAGCUUGGCCCAAAAAUUAAUUAAUACAACCGACUACAACUGGACUAUAGUUCAACCACCCUUUUUCCUACAAGU